AAGUCUCCUAAAACCAAAAUCCCAUCAGAGAUCACAAACUGUACACGCAGUACACACACAAAGAGACAGCAAUCCCACCUUCCACAAAUCCUCUGUUUUGCCGACUUAAACUCCAGUCCAAGGGCCGCCCAUCCUCUCAUUUGCUACCACCAACCAUCCCUUUUUUCAAAAUUUCCGAUUAAUCAGUGGAUAAUUCUUUUUCAUGUGUUAACAGUAGAGGGAAGAGCGGAGGAGGGUUUAUAUGGUGUUGAAGAUGGCAGCAGUAUUACCAGGAGUUAGUGCUGGUCCUAUUAAUAACGCUAACAACAAUGAAGCUUGGAGAGCCCAUCUGGCAUUGGCUUUGGUUCAGGUCUUCAAUGGAGGGUACCAUGUGAUUACUAAAGUAGCUCUUAAUGUGGGAAUCAAUCAGAUCGUUUUCUGUGUGUUUAGAGACCUUCUUGGUCUCUGUAUACUCGCCCCAGUCGCCUAUGUUCGUGAAAAAAGAGUUAGACCUCCUUUGAACAAACGUUUACUACUGUCAUUCUUUUUCCUUGGAUUGACCGGGAUUUUUGGGAAUCAACUUUUGUUUCUUAUUGGCCUUGGAUACACUAAUCCAACAUAUGCAGCAGCUAUCCAGCCUGCUAUUCCAGUCUUCACAUUUAUAUUAGCUGUCAUGAUGGGUACAGAAACGGUGAAUUUGCUUAGAACUGAAGGUCAAGCUAAGGUUGGUGGCACUAUUGUUUGUGUUUCUGGUGCCAUUGUAAUGGCUAUGUUCCGUGGCCCUGUUGUUUUUGGAUCUAAGGAAUCAGAGUUUACAGUACAAAAUGAAAUUAGUGCCAAAGGCCAACCAGAGCCUGUUGGUUGGCUGAUGUCCAGUUUUUUGGACUAUGGGAUUGACCACUGGCAUUUGGGUGUUCUGUGCUUGAUUGGAAAUUGUAUGUGCAUGGCAGCUUUCCUGGCCAUUCAGGCUCCAGUUUUGGCAAGAUAUCCUGCAAGCAUUUCAGUUACGGCAUUUUCCUAUGCAUUUGGUGCUUUCUUCAUGGUUGUAACAGCAUUCUUUACAACAAGUGAAUCAACGGAUUGGCAUUUGACGCAGUCUGAGAUUUUUGCAGUAUGCUAUGCAGUAAGUUUCUUUUCAUAAUAUUUAUUUUAUCUA